AAAGCAUAAAAAGAAACAUUUCAAAAUAUUGUUUCACGUUGAAGAUCGAUGGAUAUGAAUGUACAAUAACCUCCCCGAAAGACAAAUAACUAGUUAAAUAUUAGUGUUUAUCGAUUGUCAUAUUCGUGAUAUAUCUCUUUAUGUAUCAGACAUGGCAAACAGUUGUAUUCUUUCAUUUUGCAACUAACCAUGCAAACUUUUGACCAAACCACGCAACGUCAGAGGCUUGGAUACUUUUUAUUCAAUACAAUUGAUUUAAUUCUCAUUCAAUACCAUUUAAAUUAAUCAUGACACGAGAAAAGAAGAAAACAAUAAUUCACAUCAACGAUUCAUCACUAAAUAGAAAAAGGCAAUGCUAAAGAUUAUGACAAAGAUUAUUUUUCUUCUUUGCAAAGAUUCCAAGUUUUUUAAUUCUAAGUGUCUUCUCACGUCUGCUAUAAACCAUUAAAAAAACUUUAGUAGACAAAAGGAUUUCUUCCAAACAUAUUAAAUAUUUAACAAAUAUAAAUACUUGUAUUGCUAAAUUGAAGAAAAGGCAAAAAGUAUGUGGAGAUAACUCGGCCUUGAAAAAGGACGAGGCCAAGGAGACGGUGAUUGAAUCAGAAUUGGAACGUGAAAAAAAAUCACGGUGUUUCAAAGUUAUUAUAGUUCAAGUAAAGUGUCUGUUGAGGCUUAAUGAAAUAAUGGCCUUCAUGAUGAAGAAGAAGAAGUACAAAUUCUCAGUAGAAGUUGGAUUAGAAGAACUCACCGCAGUGCCUUUUGUUAAUGCUGUUUUGUUUGCCAAAUUACGUCUUCUUGAUGGUGGAUCCUUUGUUGAUCACUCUACUAGAGAAGAAGUACAGGAACAUACAGUAAGAUGGAAUGCAAAGUUUGACUUUUUAUGCAAAAUGAGUGCAAAUGCAUCGACUGGUAUCCUUGAUCCAUGUAUUCUACGGAUAUCUGUGAGAAAAGAAAUAAAAGGAGGCAGGUCCUUCCAGAAGCUAGGUUUCACGGAUCUUAAUCUUGCAGAGUUUGCAGGAGCUGGUCUCUGUCGACGACGAUGUCUUUUAGAAGGCUAUGAUACAAGACAUAGACAAGAUAAUUCAAUGCUAAGAGUAGCUAUUAAAAUGAAUAUGCUUUCAGGCGAUAUACUUUUCAAAGUCCCUUCUCCAUCAUUAAAGCAAACACAAUUAGCAGUACCAGGAGUUGUACCAGGAGUAUCUGGGACUGGGACGACGGACGAAUCAGUUGGUCCAGAAAGAAGUGCAAAUCGUGAAGAUUAUGUCUCAAGUGGAUCAUUAGCUGGAAGUAUAGCUAGUGCAAGUAGUGGGUUUGGUAGUCUUCCAAAAAAGAGACCAGCAUUAUUUUCUUCCGAAUUACUUUGUGGAACGGAGACUUAUGAUCCGAUGACUGUCAGCGAAAUAAUACCUUCUGUAAUGACAGUAGAAGCUCUUACUGAAGCUCAUACUGAGUCCGGCCACUCUCGAAAUAGUAGUAACACGAGUCAACUAAGUAAAGGAUCAGGAUAUGGAUCACUCAAUUCACAUAGUCAGCAUAGCAGGCAAAGUAGUAGUGGCGGUGACAGUGGUCAUAUCAGGUCACCUUCCUGGCCGAUAUGGGCUCCACGCCUUCCUACUUUAUCCCAAAAUGAAUGUUACAACAACCAACUUGACCCUAAUGUUACAAACAAAUUACUCCAAAUGUCUCCACCUUCACCACUAUCCAACAUUACCAUCACAGAUUCUCCUAACCGGUUUUGGCUAUCCGCGAGUCCAGUGACAUCACGUAAAGGUCGUCAAACGUCCCAAGAUAAUACGAUUUCAAUGCCAAUGAAUGUCAUUAAGUCGUCAAUAGAUAAAAACAGUACUGAAAAAAAUCUUCCAACCAAUGGAGCAUUAACUAAUAAUAAUUUAAUCAAAGAUAAAAUUUUUAAAGUACCUCAAGAUAUUACUCGGCAUUCUUGUAAAAAUGAAAAAAGUGGUAGUGACCGGUCUUCGAUAAUUUUUACAAAAAAUGAUAAAAAUUCAACAUCUAAACCACGAAUUGGACAGUCUAGUUGGAAAAAUAUGUCAAAAACUUGUGAUUGUAUCGAGAAAAGAGAAAGAAUGACUAGUCCUAUUUUAAGACUCGCGGAUCAAGCUAGAGCUGUUUCCUCUCCUGAUCCUCUUCAUAGACCUGAUACUCCCAGAGCCUCCUCGUUUAUUUCUGCCACAGCAGCUCAAACCCUCAGGGGCAUUGGCGGCAGUCAUACGCAUCGAAAAUUGCUUGAUGGUACGAGUGUAAAAUUGGCAACUGUGACUACGAGCCCCGACUCUGACGAGUCCAUGCUAAGUGUACCGGAAGUAACACCCGUAAUCGCACAGCAUCGAAACAGCAUUACCCCACCAAAUCCUUCAGGAGGAUCUGGAUUAAGUGAAACAGGAUCAUUAGAUCGUGCAAAGGCAGCUUUAGAAAGAAGAAAAAAAGCUGAAGAUGGUAGUGGUAAUUCUGUACUUUGUCGAGUAGAAGUAACACGUCCAAAUGCAGAUUCUCUUAUUGAUGAAUUAUUAGCAGCAACAAAUCUAGAGCAAUCAGAUUCGGAAAGUGCUGAAACAUCUGGAUUACAACUGUUCAUUGCUAAAGAUGGUACAACAGCACUUGGAAGUCAUGAAGUGAAGAGUCAAAUGUCUGCUGGAGUGUUCAAACAGGUGGUAAUGGAAGAAAACAACAGGUAACACCAAGCUCCUGCAACAAGACGACAGUAUUCAAGGCAGUCGACAACGUCGUUUUCACUUGCCUUGGUACCAGAGCUAGUCUAUGAAGCUUAUGAGCCACGGUAGUGAAGCGACUAUCGAUUCAAAAUAAAAAUUAAAAAUAUUACAAAGAAAAAAUAUAAAUAAUAGUAAUAAAUAAAAAAUAUAUACGUUAAUAAUAAUAACAAUAAUAAAAAUAAACAAAAAAGUAAUAACUAUUGAAAUAUUAAAAAAAAAAAAAAAUGAUGUAAAAAAUCAAGAAGCCGAGGACUGGAAAUAUUUUUUUAAUUUGCGAGUGGAUCUAGUUUGACCGGUAAAAAUUGAUCCUUGAUAGAUUACGCACAUUAAGGAGAUAAAGACUUGACUGAGACUCUUUCCAAGAAAUUCAUCAACGUACUAUGUUAAUAUGAGAGUAAAAGAUGUUUGAAAUAAUAAAGAAAUUUUAAAAGUAAUAAAUUAAAUAAAAUGAAUAACAAAAUGUGCAUAUUUUCUUCCAAUAAAUGAAGCACAAAAAUAAAAUAAUUGUGUUUCAUUGGUGGAUGGUUAGUUAAUAUAGUAUGAACUCAAAUUAUUGAGAACAUUAGAUAGAAGAAAAAUUAAUUUUUAAAUUAAAAAAGAAUCAAUAAAUGUUAAAGUAUUCAAUGCCGAAAUUGCAUCGAUGUUACAUAAAUUUUUUUAAUUAAUUUAUGAUUUUUUUUUUUGACUAUUACAUAUAUUUAAUUGUAUUAUCUGUGUGUAUUUAUAUUCUCAAAUCAGUAAAAAUGUAAUUGAAGCCUCAAACGCAUUGCUUUUUCGCUUGCGUUAUUUAUUCUUGUCUUUUACAAAGCUUAGUAUUUAUAAUCAUUAAUAAUAAUAAAUUUUAAAAAAUGAUAGCUGCUCAUUCAAAUCACCAGUAUAUUGGUGCAAACCGGCCGUUUUAAAAAAUUAGCAUUGUAUAUAUAUGGUGUAGUAAUUGUUAUAUAGUUAAGUGGCCGAUAUUACAUACCAUUUUCUCUCCAAUUUACUAGCGUCAGCUGUAAUUAAAUGUUGAGUAAAAGAUGAGAAUAUGGAAAGAAGAAAUUUUAAAAAUUUUAUGAAUACUGUACUAUAAGUUUAAAGUGUUGUUUUUACAAA